GCUUCCUGUGGGGACGCACGUUUCAUCCGGCAAGCUUCUGUAAAUUUCACCGGAGACACACGUCGUUCUGCACAGCGCCCGUAAAAAACCAUUUUCCGACAAUGGACGCGGGAUUCUUCCGCGUAAGACAUUUUAUACCUAUUUCUAGACUUAUUUCUUAAGUUGUGUUAUCAUUUUGUCCACAGCUCGAACUUAAAUUUACAAUAUGAAUUCAGGUGAAAGGCCAUAGUCGGAGACGGCACGGUUAGAAAAUUCCGACAAGAACUAUGUUCUAACUUUGCUAAUACCAGACUGCACAUGUCCUUUUCAAAGUAAUGUAUGUGCCACUAACACCUUCUGUUGUGCCUCAUUCCUUAAUUUUUUUGCUGUCAUAUAUUCAUUUGAUGAUUGAAAUCUUUUCAGAAAAUAGACAAGCUAGUCAUGCUAGCUUGCUACGGCUAAGUCGUUAGCAUUGACUAAAGAUGGCGUCCCGGGCUUCUGUCUCUGUGAGGUAGUCACGACCACUGCUAUGCUAAUGCAAGCUAAUAUUGGUAGAUUCAAACUCGUAUCAGGUUGCGAGACUAAAAUUACUUAAAAAAAACUGAAUUAAAGCCAUAGGCUGUAGAAGGCAGCAUGUGGCUAACAAAAGCCUUUCGUGUCCUCUUGCAGGAUUAGUCCAGCUGUUAGCUGUACUACCCUGAGCUGGUCUGACAUGUUCAACUGUUCAAAUAAGUCACUGCGUAAUGAAGACAGUCACGUGCGCUUUGGUUAACCAGCGGGUGAAUUUCUAACAUGAUAUCAUGUGUGAACAUGGCAGUAUAGUUUCUGACAACUGCAGAGAUUGGUUUUCGAUGCAUGACCUGUUGUAAAAUACAUUGACUGAAACACUGAAAUAGCUUAAACUCUUAAUUUCCUGUCAGUAACUGAAAGAGUGAUGUUCAGCAUGCUAAGAUUUCAUUGUUGAUGUUUCUUCAGGGCACAAGUGCGGAGCAAGACAAUCGAUUCAGCAACAAGCAGAAGAAACUAUUGAAGCAGCUGAAAUUUGCAGAAUGUCUGGACAAGAAGGUAUUAACGAUCAUCCACGUUAACUCUCAUUUUCCCUCCACUUUUGUAACGCUUUGCCCUGCUCCAAAUUAAAUGUUGUUUGAAAAAACUGUCAUGGUUAUGUUGGUGUUGGUCAGUGUUGCAUGUCAUCACCCUAUUAAAAUAGUGGCCUAUGUCAUUUUUUGAUGAAAAUUAGUUUUUGGCCUAUAUCAUCACUUGAUAAUGCUGGCCAUCCCCUGUAAAAUCGCCUAAAUCCUUAGUUGAAAGGAUCCUUUCACUAUAUAUACACUACAUAUAGACUAUAUAUACUAUGGACAAUUUGGUACCGCCUUCCGCCAGUAUACAGAUUUGAAGCCAAAAAGCUCCUGGUAAUUCCACGCCUUUUCUCCAUUUCCUGAAACCAACAUUGCGCAGUAGCGUUGUACGCAUAUGGUGGGAGAGUCGCUGUGAUGACGCUCAGCUCAAACAGCGUAUCCCCUGGGUGAGCAACGAAAUUCUUGUAUGCCCUUAGGCUGUAUCAAGUGUCAAUCAUAGAAAGCACGAACCCCCUAAUAACUUUUAAAAACUGAGCUGAACAGAAAAAGAGGACUUUAGCACAAACCUGUCUUACCGUAACUACACGUCAACAUCACAAGCAGGGGGGGGAAAAUUAUGGUCUGUGUAAUAAAUUUCUAAAGUUUGUCCACAGCCCCAUAAGCUUUGCUGGCGGAGGCGGGAUUUAUGACUUAAACUGUCGUCCAUCGCCAAAGGGUGCUGAUCUCGGGGUGGCUUCACCCAACGCCGAGGCAGACGCUGUCCAUUCUAUAUACAGUCUAUAAGCAUUAUCAAGAGAUGAUUUAGGCCAAAAAAUCAUUUUGGUCAAAAAAUGACAUAGGCCAUUAUUUUAAUAGGAUGACGAUGUGAAAUGAUUGUUUUGCAUAAUCGUUCAAACCAACAAUUUCCUAUAAAUGUGGAAGCUUGCGUUUUUUUUGUUGUUGUCUGACUGGGGGUCUUGACUGCCUGUUUCACAAUUAGGUGGACAUGACCAAAGUGAACCUAGAAGUCAUCAAACCUUGGAUUACUCAGCGAGUGACAGAGAUUCUUGGAUUUGAGGAUGACGUCGUCAUAGAGUUCAUAUUUAACCAGCUUGAGGAGAAGGUAAUGUCUUGAAUGGUGUUUAUUUAUGUUUUAUUUUGUGAGAGCUGUCAUAAAUUUGAGGGCAUGAUUCAGUCAGUAAGCUCAACUAUAGGCAGUUGAUUGCCCUUUCUAGUCAAAUUUGAAAUUGAAUGGGUUUACUAGCAAUUGGUAACAAACUGAUAUAUCAUGACAUAACCAUGUUUUGCUGUUCUGUGACAAAGUGACUUUCAUCAGCAGUCUUCUAAUGAUGAUGUGAUUUAUGAUUUAAAAGGCCUGAACCAAUAUGGAUGUUAUACCUUGCAUCAGAAGUAUAGCACCAACACCUAAUUAGCUCUCUCCUGAGCACAAAGUCUCUGAGCCCAACUCUCCCUUCAUGAUGCAGUGUGUGGUUUGAGGUGAGUUGUAUGCAGGGCUUACCAAUAUCAUGUCAGUAAAGAAAAACUGAAUAAUACCAUGAUUAUAAUCACCAGAGAUAUUUUUUUAGUGUAUAACGUAGCUACCAAAAGCAUUUGAAGUUAAGUGGAACCACAGGUUGAAGCCAGGCAAGGCUUAGUAAUGUGCUGCAGCCACAUUUUAAAGAAUUAUGUGAACUUUUAGCAUAAACUUCUUGCUAUUGUUCUAAGAGUAACUUAAGGAGAAAUAACAUUAAGCUCACAAGUAGUGUUCACUGAAAAACCCUGAUGACAAGUUUCACGUUUUUUGCACCCUGUAGGAUGUGGACAGAAGUGUUUUGCUUUGCACAAGUAAGCACAUAUUACAGUGAUGUUGGGGUGCCUUGAACACAACUUGAUGUAUCUGAACAUCACGGAAGACGCUUAAGAAGCUCAAUCACUUAAAAUCAGCAAAAACAUAGUUUUUCAGCAGUUAUUUAGACAAUAUUCAACAGUUAUUCGAUACCCCUGACUUCAUUCAUUAACUGUAAGAUGCAGUUAGAUGUCUAGAAUUUUAUUUUAUUGUUAAGUUAAAUCAUUUGGAGUCUAGAUUUAUAUAUGUUGGUCAUUUUCAGGCCCACACAACAUCAUUCCUGCCAGUAGGGCUGUAAAGCUAAUCCCUACAGACAUUAUUAGUUCUACUUAUAAUGUAAUUCAAUACAAAUUGAAAGUUUUUAAAAUCUCUUUUGCUAUCUGACUUGAAAUGUACAGACCUUUUUUUCUUAGAAAAUCAACAACUACAAAAAAAAAAAAAAAAGUUACUGCGUGCCCCAAAGGUGUUUCAACUGACUUAAAAUGGAACUGGGGGCGGCAUUUAUGCAUAGCACUGUGCAUUAGACAAAUUCAAGGAUAAAUCCCAUAGAGUACUUUCAGGCAAGUCUGGUAUGUAUGGUAUCUCUUCAAGGAUGCUAAAAUCCUGUUUGAAUAUUCAGACAUGCUUUACGUAACAACACAACCAUUAAAAUUUUUUGUUUUUAGCUUUUCAUUUAAUCAUCUGCUUGCCAUAGGUUUUGUGAAUGAGGUGGGCUGUUAAAGCUAAGAUCAUAUGUUACUGGUUGAUUGUUGUAAUUAAAGUGAGAUUAAGUUUCUUAAAAAUAUAAGUGUUGAAAAAAAUCCUCUUUUUUUGUGUAACUGUGUACUCAUUAUUGCUUGUUCGUCUCUUGCAAUUUAGAUAAAUGAUAUAACAUUAAGCUCAAGGUGGUUGAGUCUCAAGCAGUAGGGAGGCGGAAGCAAGCCAAGGGAGCUCCGUGCCCACUGAUCCCACGGGACUCACUGAAGACACCGGAACUGUACUUGCAGUCUUGGGUUUUAAAGCACUCUGUAUUGUGGCUUUUGUUUAACUCCUGAAUGUAGACUGUGGGGAGACUGGAGAACAAGGGGUGGGUAGGGACGCAGACAUGUAAACUAGUGGGUAUAGCACUAAGAAAUACAAUUAAUGACAAAACCUAUUUGUUUAUUGGAGUUUGUUUUGAUAUGUCUGAGGAUUACAUCAGAAAUGGGGAUGACAUCAGGAUUGCAUGCAGUUGUAUUUUACUAGAUAUGUCUCCCCUCAGUUAGCUGGAAUUCUCAGUUUGAAGGGUUUGUGAGUAUAUCAAACACUUCUACUUUGAUAGGCUGAUAGACCAAGAUGUGUAAAAAUAUUUUAGUCCGUCUUACAUGUUUUUGAUAUGGAUAACUACAUAGCUACAAAUAUAGUUGAUGAGGACUAGAGGGUAGGUAGCCCCUUUUGUGGGAUCCUACCUCCUUUCAAUAUGUUGCCAUUCAGUCUUUCAAUGGCCAUAUGGUCUCUUCUCUCCCCCCUUCAUGUGUGUGUUACAGCACCCAGAUAGCAAGAUGAUGCAGAUCAACCUGACAGGCUUCUUAAAUGGGAAGAAUGCACGGGAGUUCAUGAAAGACCUUUGGCCCCUGUUGCUCAGUGCCCAGGAGAACAUUGCUGGCAUCCCCUCGGCUUUUCUGGAACAGAAGAAAGAGGAAAUUAAACAGAGACAGGUAGGCUUGUCCUUAAACGACACUUUGGGAAAGUUUAGAUGAUGGUUUAUGAGGAAUUGUGGCCUAUGUUAAAACUAUUGAAAACAAUUUCCCAAUAUCUUUGUAAAAUCGUCCCCAGCUACUUGAAAAAUGCUACAUGAAUUGUUUGAUGUAACCAUUAUUAUAAGUAACAGGCAGCAGUUUUGAUGACAACAUAAGAUGAAUAUGUACACUAUUAAUAUAUUAUAAAAGUGUUGUUUUUGUUAUCUAAUUGUGGCAUUUUUAUAGAUAGAGCAGGAGAAGCUCGCUUCUCUGAAAAAGGUUGAUGAGGAUAAGAAGGACAAUAGAGAGAGGGCUCAAUCAAAAAGCCCAAGGAGGUAAGAACAAAAUGUUUUCUAUAUUUGAGUUCAGUGAAAGUUGUUUUGUAUUUAUCUCAGUGCAUGAAAAGUAAGUAUGUUUAUUCCUUCACUGGAUAGGCGGAAGACAAGAUCCCCAUCACCGCGGCGAAGGUCACCAGUAAAGCGAGAGAGGAAGCGCAGUGCAUCCCGCUCCCCAAGACGUAGACUCAGCCCAGUUGGCAACAGUUCACCACCUCCACCCCUGAUGCAGCUGCCCACAAAGCCUUUAGAGCAGCUUGUGGAGUCGGAAACAUCAGAAAGAGCCAUGCCAGAACAAGUCAUACAAGAUGCAACUCCCACUUGGUUAGUGGAAAGCUUUACUAACAUCUCUAAAUUUUGUACUGGAUUUGAGUUGUGCUUUUAUUCUUUUUUUCUUUUUCAUGUUGUAUUCAGUUGAGAAUGCUUUGAAGUGUAGUCUUGAGUAUUUUUUGAAUAUUCAAUCCUUUGGAAAAGCAUAUAGUUUUUACUUGUUGUGUAGAGCUGUUGUGAUAGUUAGUGGGCUUGACAGAAACUGACAUUAAUAUGGAGUUAUUUGAGAUACAAAACAGGUAGGGUAGUGAAUGUAAAAAUAUUAUUUUUUAAGUUAUAAAAAAUCAAAGCUUAUGCUCUAUUUUCUCUGGUCUGCAGUGACACAGUUGUGGAGGUGUUGAGAGCAGACCCUGUGACUGAAAUCAAAGAACCCUCACCUGAGAAAGUUCACAAGAAAGAAGAAAGGCCCAGGUCCAGGGAAAGGGAAAAGGACAAGGACAGCAGGCGGGAAAGACCACACCGCCGUUCUCGUUCCCGUUCCCAUUCUCGCUCUCGCCGGCGACGUACUCGCUCUAGGUAAUUUCUAACAUUCUUGAUGUCCUCUCAGGUUUGAAAAAGACAAAAAAAAGUUUGUGGAUGCCUAAUAUAUCUAGAAUUAAAUCACUGAAGGUUUUUUUUAUUUUCUUUCCUUAACCAUUUUAGAUCAUACUCCCCACGCAGAAGACCAAGUCCCCGGAGGAGAAUGUCUCCCCGUCGAAGGAGUCCCCCAAGACGUGGCCCCACUGGUUCUAGACAUAGACACAGACGCUCCCCUGUCCGCAGGUAAGUGACUUGUGAAAGAAACAGUAUUUAAAUGUUAUGAUCUUUGAUCCUUUAUUUCCUCUCCUAAUCUUAUUUAUAUUGCAUGGUGUAGACCAGCUCUUAUUUUAAGUGUCUUGAGAUUACGUUUUAUUAUGAUUUGCGGCUAUAUUAAUAAAGAUUGAUGGAUUCAUUGUUUUAUCUAGUAACUUGGACCAGAUACCUCUGGCAAAAAGAUGUAGGACAAAAAUGUACCCUUUUGAGAAUUAACCUGAAAUGCCAUUGUACUUAUCUCCUGCAGGAGGCGCUCUCGUUCAGCUUCAUCCUCUGGCAGUAGCUCUUCAGGCUCUCGCUCCCCUAAAAAGGCAUUAAAAAGAAUAUCUAGCACACCACCUCGAAAGCAGGCACAUCAUCCUGACACAUCCAUCAGCCCUGCGGGGAAGGAUAGACGGUCUCCAUCUCCACGGGCCAGAAGAGGCAGAGGCUCUGCAUCACCAGCCAGAUCAUCUGGUAUGAUCUAAAUGACCCGUUUUUGUCCUUUGAAAUUUGUACAGGCCUUUUUUAUUUUCCAGAACUACAUCGCAUCUUCCAAUUAACAGCUCCUUCCAGGUCUUAGAUUGAAAUCUGUAUUUAAUAUCUUGUGAUUCUUAAAAUCUGGUUAAUCCUCUAAUCGAGAGCCAAACAGUUCCUGAGGAUUCAAUGUGUGUAUCAAUACAGGACUAAACUGUUAUUUCAAAAGCAGUAUACGAGGAUAAUCGUGUCAGUAAUGCAUCGAUAAUUCUUGGUGUCUUGUGUUUUAGGACUCAAGCGAAAACAAGGAGGAAGGGCAGAUUCAUCUUCUGAUAAUGCCAAGCCUAGACCUUCCGAGGGGUCUGAAUCAGGUAAGAGCGAUAUUAAGACUGCUCAACAUGUGUGUUCGUUAAGAGCCUUAAUGGACCCCUGCUGACAAACAAGGAUUAACAGUGAAGGUCUUGACACUUGGGGUCUUUGGAAGCGGACACAUUUGCCUUGAUUGUUUGCAGAAGGAACAAUGUUGCCCAACAUUUACUUGCUAAGACAUUGUACAAAGUCUGAACUAAUAAACUUAUUUCAAUGUUGAAAACUGGUAACAAGCCAAAUUCAGAAUGUCAGUUUCCCACCCAAAUUAUGUCCAUCCACAAAUCAACUAUUUUUCUAGAGCAUAAAUGUGAACAUUGAUAAUCUAUGUUCUUAUUGCAGUUUGCUUAUCUCACUGCCCUGGGUGAUUACCAUGAGUGUCUUGUUUAGACCAUCACCACACACACACAAAAAAAGUUACCAACUGUGUGGGGGGGUUGUGCAUGACUGAUGGGGGAGCACAAUUUUAAAAGUUGGUUCAGCAUAAAAAAAAAAACAAGCUAAAAUGUAGUUUGACUGAGGUGAGGCACAUUGUCAAACUGCAUCCACUACAAGUGCUUUAUUUUACCUCUGAUAGGCUCAGAUUGUUAUUACAAGUCCUCUGAUGUGGUCACACAGCGUGGUGUGUCUGAGGUAUUACCCCAGGACACAUCAACGUCACUGACAUUCGGCAUCAGCAGGUCCCACUCAUCACAACACAGACAUUCUUCCUCUGUGGACACAGGAUCACAACACCCACAGGAACACCAUCACUCUCCAGAGCUUUGUGGAACAGCUGGUUCACCCUGCUCUGCUUGUUGACCUCUCUUUCCUUGUAUUCUCAUCAACUUGUUGGAGAUCUUUACUGGUAUACUAUGGCUCAAAUAAAUAUGGUUGGCCACUGUAUUCAAAGACCUUAUCCAAAUGGCCAAGGCUGAAAAAUACCAAAGUACCCCUUUAAUUCAAAACUUUAUGUAGCUUGAAACUGUGUCCAGGCAGUCUGUUGCACUAAUUUUACAAACAAUGAUUAUUGCUCUACAUUUCAGAGGAGGAUAAAAAUGAUAAAGGGGCAACGGCAGAUUCUGUGCAGCAACGUCGUCAGUAUCGCAGACAGAAUCGCCAGUCUUCUUCAGGUUAGAACUGUUUCUAUCUUCUUUUGAAUCUUUGCCCCAGCUGUAACCAUAGUGAUUUGUCACAAUCACAUAUAGUUCAGCUUAAACAAAACAGUUGUUGAUGUCCUUUUGUUUCAUUUCAGAUACAGGGUCAUCCUCAUCAGAUGAUGAAGGCCCCAAAAGGUCAAAGGCAGGGCCAGGUGCCAGAAAUGGUGAAGUCAGGAGGAGGCGCAGCCACACCCCUUCUCCACGGAGGCGUCACAGGGAUGUUUCUCCGAGGUCUGACGCAGUUUUUGUAUAUUUUUAUAAGAAUGCUCUGGCUUGAUGUUAGAUGAACCUCCAAAUUGUUCACUACAGUCUGAUGUGUAAGGCUUUUUGGUGUGGAUUUGUAACCCUACAGGAAAAGACGUUCCCCAUCUCCUGCGCGCAGACGUCGCUCCCCCUCUCCCCCACGUCGCCGCAGGUCUCCUUCUCCUCCCAGACGGAGGUAAAGAAAUGUUUAUCAAGUGUUUGACUAUUAGAAAUUGAAAUAUCAUGAGGGUUUUACAUUCCAAUUGGUUCUCCCCAGGUCUCCUUCCCCACCUCCCCGCCGCCGCUCUCCAUCACCUCGACGUUAUUCUCCUCCUAUUCAGCGCCGCUACAGCCCUGCACCUUUGCCCCCACAGAAGAGGAGGAUGUCUAUGUCUCCUGCAAGGCGCUCCUCUCCAGGGGCCAAGCGACGGCUCUCCAGGUCCCCUAAGCGUAGAAGUCCUCCUCCUCAAAGGAGACGCGCAUCUCCGUCUUCCUUGUCUCCACCCCGACACAGGAGGAGCCCAGUUAGGCCAAGCAGGGACACACGAUCCCCUGUUGCCUCAGCCAGUCGUCUCUCCCCAUCUCCUGCCAAUCGCAGUCGCACUGUCAGAGGUUCAUCCAGUCCACAGGGACCUUAUGAUAGGCCCAGCACGUCUCCGUCUAACCAGCGGAGACAGCAGUCCCCUUCACAUACUGGGAAACCCAUCCGUAGAGUGUCCCACACACCAGAACCACGCAACAACCAGAGGUAAUCAGAGCAGCUGCCACUUAUUGUGAUUGCAGUGUCAGAAUAAUUCUGUUCCACCCUCAUAGACAUAACAUAAACUGUUGCCCUCAUGCCUGCCAUGUCACAUCUGUGCUUUCUAUAGACCGUCUCCAAGUCCACAGCCAAUGAGAAGAGCAUCCUCAAGAUCCAGAUCACCUUCCCCUCAACAGGAGGCUCAAAAACGUCCAGCCCCAGCAUCUGCCUCUCCCUCACCAUGUCACUCAGCCAGUGGUUCUCCGCCACCAGCAAAAAAACCUAGCAGCGGCUCAGGCAGUCAGUCCCCAAGCAAGGUUUGAUAUUUCAGCUUAUUUGCUCAUAAGAUAACUAAGAAUCAUCUGUCUACAAGUAUGGUCAUAAGUAGAGUCUCAACAAACCUAAGAUGGUAUACUAAAAGUGAAAAAUGCCAGUUUUGCUGACGUACAUGUGCCUCCCAGUGUUCUGCGGCAUUUUAAAUGUAGGCAAUGUCUUUGUAUAAGGUUGAAGUAAAAGUAUACUGAUACCUUACAUUGUUUAAGCCAUCUUUAUACAACCAUAUUCCCCAAUGUUAUCUUCUUUUCAAACAUCAUCAUAUAGUUAUAUCAUUCAAUUGAAAAAGAAGAGAUUGCCAAAUUCUAAAGUUGGGAGUUCAAAUAUAAUCAUGAAGGUGACAAAUAAUUUCUGAAAUUAUUCCCAUGAUCGGUGUGUGUGUGUGUGUGUGUAGCAGAAAUAAUGUGUCAAUAUUUUUGCGCAGAAUUCAGAUGUUGAUGCCAGUGGCAAGAAAAAGAAGAAGAAGAAGGAAAAGAAACAUAAGAAAGAGAAGAAACACAAGAAGCACAAGAAACACAAGAAGAAGGCCAGUGGCACUGUGACAGGAGAUGGACAAGACCACCCGGGCUUGGAGGAGGAUGGCGAGUCCAGAAAGGUUAAACCUGUUUUUGGUUUUUGUUUUAAGCCUCUAAACUCUCUCUCUCUCUCUCUCUCUCUCUAUGUUGAUGCAGAUUAAUCCUUCAUCAUUAUUGAUCUGAUUUUAAAAAUUUUAACACAAUCAACCCAUCUGCAGCACAGAAUGACUCAAAAUCCCUGGCAAUGCAUUUCAAGCACUUUGUCCAAGUAGUGUUACCGUCGCACAUGUGCAAAUGGGCAGUUGUUUCGGUAGUGACAGGCUGCAGAACCAAGCAACUCAAUAUUGAAGACGUGAAAGAGCACGUUGGCCCUCUCGAUGGGACAUUUGAGUACAAAAAAAUCCAUGACGGAAUAGUCAACAGACAAAGUAUUAUGCACACUCUGCAGGAAGGAGUUUUUUCAUUUGAGCACUUGUAGCUUAAAAUCCCUAAUUAACAUGAAGCCUAUGUUAGUCAGGGUUUCAGCCAGCACUUUGGGUUUCUUGGGUCUCUUUUAUAUAGAUUUAUUUAAUGAAACGUCAUCCUGUUAUUUGUUUCAUAGUAUCUAAAUUGUAGAUUUUUGUGUAUUUCAUGCUCUCUGUCUUUUAGGAAUCAGACAGUGAAGUAGAGGACAGCUUGGAUGACCUGGAAAAACAUCUUCGAGAGAAGGCCCUGCGCUCCAUGAGGAAGGCCCAGAUGUCUCCAUCACAUACGUCCUGAAACAAGGGGCUUUGUCACUGUUUUUUUUUUUUUUUUUUUUUUUCAACUAUCUUGUUUGUUAACCUGUUUCAGCUUUAGAAUGUACAAAUUGUGAAAUCUUGAGGGUUUUUUGUUUCCUUUUUACCGGUUUGGUACGUUCUAUAAUGUGUCUCAGUAAGAGCUUGCUUUGUCAGUCAGUGUUUUCUCUACACUGUAAACAAGCUUGUGUUUUUCAUUAUUUUAAAUUGUUUAGCUGGGGAACGGUUAAGGCACAGAGAUGUGCAUUAGGCAGCAUCAAACCUACAGUAAAUUCCACUGAGAAGUGAUUGCAUGUGCAUAGAAAGUCUCUGAUGUGCAUGAACCACCAAAUUUUUAACUGUAGACGAAAAAAACGCCAUUCAGUGACACCAUUACUAAUGCCUUUGAUUGGUGGAAGCAGUUUUCAAGCUGUCAACUAUUACUGGCAUUAACAGAAAAAGUCUAAUCCCAUAUUGUAACUGAAUGGAGCUGUAUGGCAGUGUUGAAAAUGCUGUUUUCUAAUUUAGAAAUGGUCUUGUUUGAAGAUCAUAGCAGUCUGAAGUGAUUAAAAUUCUGCUUUAAUUUUUUCUAAUGAAUUGAUAUGCAGUUUUAUUUUGACACCCUGCAUCAAGCUAAUCUCUGUUGGACUCUGAUUUGUAAUUAGUACCCCUGGCUUUUGUCAUCUUGUCAUCCUUUCAAAAAUAAACCUUUUUGUAGGAAGUAUGCUCUCCUAA